GUACGCAGGAGCCCGCACGAUGUUUUCAGCGCGCCCCGCUUCCCCGUUUCCCUCCCCGCCCCAAAUCCCGAUCUCCUCCAAUCUUUUCGCGAAAAUUUUCAAGAUUCGCCGGCUCAUGUAGGCCUCGGACCAAAAAUGGCAAGAAACACAGAUCCUUUCGCUCCCUCCACUCCUCUACAGCCAAAAUUUUCCUCCGAAACUCAAAUCUUGCCUUCUCUUCCCUCCCUGGCUCCAUGCCCCCUGUACAAAUACCAUGGAAGAUCCUGGCAGUCCCAUCCCAAGCUCCAAUUCGAGCCACCUCGCCGCCUAGUAUACCACACAGCCCCAAAUCCAAGAGCGGCACCUCCUGCCCCAGAUGGCAGUUGACCGCGCCGACAAGGAGAACCUGCCGUCGGCGGCCGCGGUCGCCCGACUCCACGGCGUCGCUGUCAAGAGCUGCAAGCUGAAGCGGCUCGGGAGGGCGCGGAGGCGUGUGCCUCUCCGGGACAUCACCAACCUCGUCGUUGCGGAGUCCGCGGUACCCGAGUGGCAGCCGCACGCGUGGCCGGCGACGGCGGAGCUGGCGAAGGCGGGGCCUGCCGGGAAGAACCUUGCUGCUGCUGCUGCUGCUGCUGCGGGAUCGAAGGCGGGCAGAUACUCUCUCCGGAAAGAGUUCAGAUAGCCAAAAAUUGUACAUGGAUCUGUAUACUACUCAUUUGGUUGUCCAACGAUUCAUUGGACUAAAAUUUUGCCGGAUUGGUUUCCUCAUAUCUGUAUUCGUGAUUAUACGAAACGAGCCGCUGAGAAAGGAAGAAACAGUAAAAGAGGUGAAUUUGGUCUUUAAUC